GAACAAGUGUUGACAAAGCGUGGUGGAUGGUGGUCCUCGCGAGUGUUUGUUUUAUGUUGGCAGUUCUGUUGAAUUAUUAUUAUUACUAUUAUUUAUUGCAACGAAGUUUAAUUUUAACACCUUAAUGUAAUAGUUUCGCCCCAACAAGAUGGAGUGAUAUGUAUAUGGCCGAACAUAUAUAUACGCCUACGUGCCCGAUAAGAUAAUUCUAUGUAGUAACAUUUGUAUACACUAAGUGCCUUCUUUUAUGUUAACGAAGCGACGAGACGAUGUCGACAAGCAAUACAAACAACCUGAUCGAGAAGGAGAUCGAUGACGAGGACAUGCUGUCGCCCAUCAAACCCAACAAUCUGGUGGUGCGCGUCAACCAGGACACGGACGAUAAUCUGCAGGCGCUGUUCGACAGUGUGCUGAACCCCGGAGAUGCCAAGCGCCCCCUCCAGCUCCCCUUCCGCAUGCGGAAGCUACCCAACUCCUUCUUUACGCCCCCGGCCCCUUCGCACUCGCGCGCAAACAGCGCUGACUCCACCUACGAUGCUGGCUCGCAGUCGAACAUCAGCAAUAUUAGCAGCAUCAAGGCGGCACAGCCCGUUGACGGGCAGCCGCCCAUAUCCGCCAUCUCACAGAUCCAACAGCCAUCCCCACAACAGAGCCGCCUGGCGAUACAUCACUUCCGCGCCCGCAGCAGCCCCGCCUCGCUGCAGCAGAACUACAAUGUGCGCGCCAGGAGCGAGGCCAAUCCAGGAGCAAGCCAGCAGCCAGCUGGGCCCACUUUCCCCGAGAAUAGUGCCGCCGAGUUCACCAGCUCUGGCGCAACGGCUCCCAGCUCCAUUGAGCUCGAUGCCAUGAAUUCGUGCAUGUCGCAGGACAUGCCCAUGUCCACGCAGACGGUGCACAAGAAGCAGCGCUCCUACGAUGUGGUAAGCCCUAUUCAGUUGCAGCGGCAACUGGGCGCCUUGCCACCAGGAUGGGAGCAGGCCAAGACCAACGAUGGCCAGAUCUACUACUUGAAUCAUACUACAAAAUCGACGCAGUGGGAGGAUCCCAGAAUUCAAUUUCGCCAACAGCAGCAAAGCUUAAUGGCCGAGCGAAUAAAGCAAAAUGAUGUUUUGCAAACAACAAAACAAACUACCACAUCGACCAUUGCUAACAAUAUGGGUCCAGGUCCACUGCCGGAUGGUUGGGAGCAGGCAGUUACCGAGUCCGGAGAUAUUUACUUUAUAAAUCACAUUGAUCGAACGACUUCAUGGAAUGAUCCCAGAAUGCAAUCUGGGCUUAGCGUGCUCGACUGCCCAGAUAACUUAGUGUCUUCCCUUCAGAUUGAGGAUAAUAUUUGCAGUAAUUUGUUCAACGACGCACAGACCAUUGUGAAUCCGCCGUCUUCCCAUAAACCUGACGAUUUGGAAUGGUAUAAAAUUAAUUAAUUGAAAUGUAUACAAUCUGUAUUAGACCUAAAAGUUUUAUAUUUUGUAUUAUUCUAAAUUAAAUAUUUUUCAAAUUUUA